GUCAUUUAUUAGUUAACGAUGAUUCCAAUAUUAUUGAUUUUUUUGCUACUUGCUGACUGUUCUAAGAGUUCUAAAUUUUGUCAUCCAGAUCUAUGUGAAGACGGUGAAGAACAUUUGCUUUGUAAGGAUAAUGGGAAAUACAACUAUGACACGUGCCCACCGAAAGCUACUCGACUAGUGACCAUGUCAAAGGAAUAUAUUAAUAAGAUCCUUCAUCUUCAUAAUUUUUUUCGCAAUUUGGUUGCAUUGGGCAAAGUAGGUAAAAUGCCCAAGGCUGCACGCAUGUCCUUGCUACAAUGGGAUACAGAUUUGGCCAAUGUGGCCGAAGUGGCUGUGCGUCAGUGUCAAUUUGAAUCUCUGAAAUGUGCCUCAACAAUUAAUUAUCCAUCAACAGGACAAAAUGAAGCAAUCAAAAUGUAUUUCUGUGUGACACCUACUUUUGAUAUAAUAGAGGAUCAUAUUACUUUUUGGUUAGCUCAUUCAGAUUUAACAUCGGCUGAAGACCUAAUUGAACCAAAUUUUUCCGAUAAAAAUACUUCAUAUUUCCUGCAAGCAGUAAGGGAUCGUGCUGAUCGCAUUGGAUGUGCCGCAAUACGUUAUAUAAUACCAAAUUUAGUUUAUUUAUUAUUUAGAUGUGUCUAUAGUUGUGGAAUUUCAAUGUGCUCAAUGCAUAAUCCUGUUUAUGAAAUUGCUCAAAAGACUUCCGGGCAAAAUUGUCGCACAGGCAUGAGUCCGGAAUAUCCAUAUUUAUGUUCAAAUAGGGAGAUUAUGAAAAAAUGCAGUGAUAGGGAUCCAAUUCAAAAACCAAUUGAGCCACCAAGUUCACAAGAACAUGCUGCACACAAUGAUGAGGAUCCCGAUGAUACUGAAAAGCCCAUAUGGGCGCCACAUUUUUCAUCUGAAGAACAAACCGAACCUCCUUUCAGCGAAAAUGUAACAGAACUAGGAAAAAAUUUCAAAAACCUUACAUUAUACAAAUGAUCUAAGAACAUAGUUAUUAAAGAAAAGUCUUGCUUUAA